AUGAGAGACCCCGGUAACUAUGGAGGGAUGUCCGGCGACAAAAAGGCGAAUAGAUACGCCCAGAUGGGUUCCUCAAUCGGUGGCGCUUAUGCGGAUGAGGCUCUGGAAGAAAUGCCUUGGCUGAACCAAAGUCAAGGUUUGAAUCGACAAGACUAUUAUGAAGGAGACGAAUAUGAGCAACACGAGUAUCGCGAAGACGAGGAUGAACUGCCAAAUUUUCAACAAGGCGUGUCCGAACCCACCUCUGCACAUCUUCAACUAAAUGUGUCUCAACCCGCCGCGCCAACUCCUCAGAUCCAGGUGUCUGACCCCAGCCCAGCAUCGACUCAACCCGACAUGACUGAACAUUUCCCAGAGGCAUUUGCCCAUGACAUGAACCAGCGGGAGUAUCAGCAUGGGUACGACCCGGAUAGUGCCGAGCAUGGCGACUUACCUAAAAGAAUGUGUUUCGGUAGUUCAUUUUUUGAUCACUCCUGUGAGGACCCAGCUCGACCAGACAUGCCUGGACAACUCUCACCGUCCACUCAGGAAUGA